AUGCAAGCUAUGGUAGAAGCUAAAGUGUUUACUCAAACCGAUUUGAUAUUCAAUGUUGUUCAAAAUCAGUUAACUGACAUUAUCCAUUCCAAAAAUAGAAUAAAAAAACUGCUGCAAAAUCAUAGCUGCUAUUUUACAAGGGCUCCAUCUCCCAAUAUUGCCGGAUCAUCGGAACUCAGCAAAAUAGGCAAAAAUAACUCAAUUAUUAAAGACAAAGAAAAUUUGUCUAUAAAAACAUUUAAUCAUUUUUCUACGGUCUCUCCUGCUCCAGAGACAUUUUCUAGCCAGUCAAAACAAAAAUCUAAAGUGACACAAAAGAAACACUCACAAAUAUCAACUUCAACGCCUAUAAUGACUGAAUUGAAAAAUUUGGUACUAAAAAAGUCAUUAAAAACUAUUCCUCCGAAGAACACAAAAACUAGAAAAAGUAAUAAUACCAAGUUAUUCCACAAAAGAGAAGUUUUUGUUGAUUCUUCAGAUUCAAACGAGGAAGUUGAUCCAGUUUGUGACGAUGAAGAUGCUGUUAAAGAAUUUAUUAUGGAAAGGGUAGCAAGGAACAAUAAUGAAAUCUGUCUCAUAUGUCAAGAAUUCGACAUAAAUAUUGAAUGCAUAAUGAAAUUUAGUUGCAUGUACUGUGUAAUGGUGUUGAUCUGGCUGAAAACUAUAUUUAUAUCUGGUCACCACAAUACGGUAAUACCCGCAGCUUUCAUGUAA